GCAUUUCAUUCAUCAGGCAUCACACAACUCCAGCUGCACGUAGACAACACAAACACGCGCAGAAUAUUGUUCCACAUCACCUCACCCAUAGCAAAGAUGUCUGAACCAACUCAAGACGAAAUGGAUGGUAACUAUGUGAUUUCAUUAAUUUUCUCUUCAAAUUAUCGAAGUGAAUUUUUAGGAAUUUAAUUUUUACCUUAUUCGUAGAAUACCGAGAUGCGUUCGCCCUCUUUGACGAGCAAGGAGACGGUAAAAUAGACUGCAACCAGAUCGGCAAGUUGCUACGCUCGUUAAAUCUUAACCCCGAAGAUGAAGAUAUUCGCAAGAUUGAAAAAGAUGUCGGUAAGUCAUAAGUCCGUUUUACUUAUCAACCUGACUUGGUAUGCGCUUCAACAGUGCUCUUCAAGUACGUAGCACUUCUCAGGAUUAAUAUUUUGGGGAUCUUUAUACUACAUCAACAUUCACUCUUUUUGUAGUAGCGCCAGCGAUGAUUAAAAUAUGUUAAUAAUUUCGUAUAGCCGAUCCAUUUAAUCUCUCUUCUCGUGUAAAGAUAAAUUUUGGCUAACUAUCUACUGGAGAUCAGAGAAAUGGGAAAUGGGUUUGAGCUACUGCGAUUGUACAAGAGACACUCAGACAGAGGCGCAGCCAGGGUUAUUCUAUAUGUUUAUACUGCCUACUUUCCUUCCUGUGUCAAAGGAUUUAAAGGUCUUUUUAAAUGUUUCACUUACGUUAUUUCGCAACAAACUUUCUUAUAUUGUCACGCAAAGAUAUCAGUCGGUAAAAUACGUUUGUGAUCAUAUAUUGGACUGUGAGCGUAAACCGAAAAAUCGUUGAGGCAUUUUUGUAGCCAGCAAAAAGACACAACUAUUCUUUGAAAUGUGGUUUUAAAAUAACAAAUGAAGACAAAAAAGCCAUCAAAUGCACAAUGGGUGUGUUGUUAUUUUGGUAAUAUAUACAUCUGUGGACUUCUACAGAAGAUCAUUUUGAUUUACUUUUCAGAGUAAGGUUAAAGUGAUCAUAACUUUGCCUAAUUCCUUCACGCUGAUGAGCACCAACGUUUGCUUAAUUGAACAUGUGCUAAAACAAAAUCGCCGAAAUAAAAAAAAAUGGAUUACUCGGUUAUAAUUGUGUAGCAUGAUGUAGAACACAAAUAAUUUCAGAGAUUAUGUUUCAUGCACGACACUAAAAAAUAAGGUUUUCUGGUAUUAAGUUGUACUGUCCGAAUUUAAAUUAUUAAGACACUGCCUCCGGGCAUCGAUAGUGCAAAUUAGAAGGAUGAUCAUUAAAACAGCCAUUGUUUAAAACUGGCAGUAAUUUGUUAUGACCUGCUGUAAAAUCUUAUCUUUCACAAUUGAUUGCUUUUGGUAAGGUCUCGUUUGAAAACGUAUCAGUGUUUCUCUUUUGUUGUAGACAUUCAAGCCUCCAAGGAGAGAACACCUAAAAUGAGUAAACAGCUUUGUGUAGUCUGGCUAUUUUUAAGGAGGCUGCCAGUCGUACCCCUUCAGUAAUCGCCUUAAUUGAUUUGCGGCGUAAUCUUGAAAUUAUCUCGCAUACAGGGCAAAAUUUAAGCAGGCAGAAUGAUUUCGUACAAAGUAAGUCUUGUACUUUGCUUUAAACAACUGUUAAACUACCUUGUUCUUUUUCACUGAUGGAAUGUAACCUUUGCCUAGUCGUCGGGUUGGAACCGAAAGAAAAUAUAUCUCUGUCAUCAGGAUCAUUUUUGUUGAAGUAGUUUGUUAUGUUUCCACGCAUAUUUGGCGUGUUCGCUUGCAGGGCUAUCGCUCCUGGUUCUUAGUAACAGGAAGAAGGCUCAACGUGAAAAGCGAAACCUCCCGUUUAAAACAUUGCGCCGAGACUACUUCUGAAAUUCCAAGAAGCUCCUCGGUUCUAGGCAAAGUCAUUGACGAUUUUUAUACCUUUAAUAAUUUAACGCGAACAUAAGAUUCCACGCAAGAAACGUUGACGAAGAUGUAUUUGUACAUAGACUGCAAAACAGUCCGAGUGCGUAUUCAAGUACGCGUGAGCAGUCAAACAAAUAGGCCUGUAACGAGGCUGAAAACAGAGAGCGAGCCCUACGGGCGUGUGAGGCUCGCGCGCUUCGGGCGCGUUAGACUCUCGAUUUCUUAACUGAUUUUGGGAAAAAACCGACUGUUUUGCAAUCUUAUUUGCACGUGGAGAAAGUUGAAACUGGACUGUGAUCAUUUAGCAUUGAAAGAAGUUUAAGUUCCUUUUCUUUUCAGGAAAUCGGCGCGUUUCGUUUGAAGAGUUCCUGUCUAUCUUUAUGAAGGAGAAAAAGAACAGCAGAGAAGUGUCUGUACAGGAGUUUAUAGACACUCUGAACGUGUUCGAUAAGGACGGCGCCGGCAAAGUAUCAUCCGGGGAACUUCGUCACGUGCUAACGGCAUUGGGUAAGUACGUGCCGUAUUUAUUCGAUUAA